GAAGAGACGUCACCCUGGACUGGACGCAUUGCAAAGGAAGGACCGGGGGGAGUGGGGGGCGAGCAUGCCGUGCAAUAAACAGCCCGAGUAACGCAGCGGGGAAGCAAGGGGCAGCACAGGAACAGAGUGAAUAAUAAUAGUAACAUUUUUCAUCUCUGCCCUUCCUCUCAGGCACUGCAGCACAAAGGCCUGAAGAUUGAGCAGUCAUCCAAGGAGUGAGAACAUGGAGGCCGAUGUUCACAACCGGAAAGUGUCUUGGGAGGUCAAUGGCUCCUUGGUCCCUGUUGAGCUGCAGCGUGGUAACAGAUCGGAGAGUCCCACCCCAGGACUGGUGGAAGGCACGGAGCCAGGUGCAGGACAGGAGAGUGCAAUGUUUGUCCACACAAGGUCCUACGAAGACCUAACGGCAGACGAUGAGGUGAAGAGGUGCCUGGAUAGCGCCGACGAGGGAGACACUGAGCAAUCCCAAAUCGAAGAGAUCAGCAAAGAUUUCAAUGAGCUGAGCACGCAGCUGACGGGCGUGGCGAUGGAUGUCAACAAGGAGAUCAGAGAGAGUGAUGCGGAGGGCGAGGUGUCGUCUGGGCCUCCGCGCAGAGAGUCGGUGCUGAGUGACAAAGAGGAGGACAUAACGAGCGACUCAUGGAAGCAGCACCGCAAGCACAUCUUUGUCUUCAGCGAUGCUGGAAAGCCCAUAUAUUCCCGUUAUGGGACAGAGGAAGCUCUUUCUUCCUUGACGGGAGUGAUGGUGGCUCUUGUUGCUUUCAUUGAGGCAACCAAAGACAUGAUCAAGUCCAUCCAUGCUGCAGAGGGCUACAAGGUGGUUUUUAUCCGUCGAAGUCCUCUGAUCAUGGUGGCAGUCUCACACACCCGCCAAUCAGAGCAGGAAGUGGCCAAAGAACUUCUGUACGUUUACUACCAAAUAGUCAGUCUCCUGACUUUAACGCAGCUCAACAGAAUCUUUGAGCAGAAGAAGAACUACGAUCUGCGCCGCUUGCUCUCGGGGUCAGAGAGGAUAACAGAUAACCUCCUCAAUCUGAUGGACAAGGAUCCCAGCUUCCUUAUGUGUGCUGUGCGAUGUCUACCAUUGACUUCUUCUGUGAGGGACAUGAUCAGCAGCAGCCUCCAGCAAGCCAAAGACAAAAGCCUCGUCUUCUCCAUUCUGGUUGCCCAGAACCAACUUGUAUCAUUGGUGAGGAAAAAGGACCAGUUUCUACAUCCCAUCGAUCUCCAUCUUCUGUUCAACCUCAUCAGCGCAUCUACCUCCUUCCGAGAUGGAGAGGUCUGGACACCGAUAUGUCUACCCAAGUUCAACUCCAAUGGUUUCUUUCAUGUCCACAUCUCCUACCUUGAUCAGGCCAACAGCCUGUGCUUGCUCCUCAUCUCCACAGACAGGGAGCACUUUUUUCCCAUCUCAAACUGCAAAAGUAAAUUCCUGGAGCGGCUGAAGAAGAGGAAUACUUUCCAGAUGCUGUUGGAGGAGCUGCAGACUCCAUCUUAUAGCAUUUCUCAAGUGGGAAUACCAGACCUGAGGCACUUCAUCUACAAGUCAAGAAGCUCGGGUUUAUUCACCAGUCCUGAAGUAGAGGCUCCUUACACAAGUGAGCAGCAGCGGGAACGACUCCUGGAGCUGUAUCAGUAUUUGUACAGCCGCAUUCACAACUCUGCAAGGCCUCUGAAGUACAUCUAUUACGCAGGCGAACGGGAGAAUCUCUUGGCGUGGGUGACGAAUGGAUUUGAACUCUACAUGUGUUUUACUCCAAUGGGAACCAAAGUAGCGGCAGUCAAUGCCAUCACCAAACUCAUGAAAUGGAUUCGGAAGGAAGAGGACAAGCUUUUCAUCCUCAACCCAGUGACGUACUGACACUGGCUGUCCUUGCAUCUCUCUCACUCCCCACAGAGAAAGACAGACGAACUACUGACAUCAUGUGUGGCAGGCGAUUGACAAUACCAAGAGUGAGAAACGUGCCGGUAACCCUUCGUAAAAACACUAUUCCAUUCAUAAACAGACCUGUUAGAGUCGCAAGCCUCUGUCUUCUUAUCCAGUGUUGAAUUGCGGAGGUAUGUUUGUAUUAUAGGAACAAUAAAUAAACCUAUAGGAUCCAAUGCACUGAGAUAAAAUGGUCACUGCUUGAAACUGGUGAGUAGUUCCCUGGGGUAGUGCACCUCGCCAGCAAUGAGAAAUCUCAUAUUGAAUCUUCAUUCAUUUAUCCCGAAUAGGAGUCUCCAUUUUUUUUAAAACAAAUUGUAUAAGCUGUUAUUCAAACGUCAAACUGGUCUUGCCUUCAGUUUGAAGAUUCUGCUUCUUCAUCUUGAGUGCAAAGACCCUGAAUGUCACUCCUCUUGAAUGCUGCACGCUCUCUUGAACGUUAAGGAUCUCAAGGCCCUUGGGAGGAGUCAGGGGUUCUCCUCAGGGUCACCACUUUACCCUACAGUCUGCAUCACAGUACGACACUUUGCUGAUCAUAGAUGUUUGCUCUCCAAGUUGACUGCCAUGUUACCUACAAGAUAACAGUAUUUGCUUAUAGGACGCGUAUUCCAAAAGCAAGACAAAGGCAGACACAAAGUGCUGGAGUAACUCUGUGGGUCGACCAGGCAACAUCUCUGGAGAAAAAGGAUGGGUGAUGGGACCCUUCUUCAAACUCAAUCUUCAGCCUGAAGAAGGGUCCUGGCCUGAAACAUCACCCAUCCUUUUUCUCCAGAGAUGCUGCCUGUCCCACUGAUUUACUCCAGCACUAUGUGCCUAUCUGGUAUAAACCACCAUCUGCAGUUGUUUCUGUAUUCCAAAAGCAUUUUUGGGCUAUCCUUAGAUUAUCAGACAUAACAUGGAAAGUAUCUUUUUUUUUAAAUUGUUGCAUAAACUGUCCAGCAUCUGACGAUUUUGGAAUCUGACGAUUUUGGAAUCUGGUUGGUCCAUCGUCUUUGUGGACCCACAGAGACUGACCUGACACAUCCUUUUGUUUGAAGAAGGGUUCUGACCCGAAACGUCAUCUAUUCCUUUCCUCCAGAGAUUUUACUGCGAAGGUUCAUUUGCAAGAUAAAUUAUGGAUUGUGCUGUAUAUAGAAGCCUGAGUUUUGUCUUUCAGCUGCCUCUGUUGGAGGUAGUCAUUUGGUGGAGAUUGUUUAUAGACAGAAAAUAGAUUGCUAAUAAGCAUUGUAAUUGUAUCCAGUUCUACAGCUUCCUUGGCAGCUCCUUUAUAUACCCAUCUCUGAGUGGAUUAAGAUGCCCUUGUAUCUUUUUUUAAUCUUUCCCACCUCACCUUAACUCUACGCCCUCUAAUUUUGGACUCCCAUUCCCUGAGAAAAAUACUAUGACCAUCAACCCUAUCUUCCUCCCUCAUUAUCUUCGAAAUGUCUUAUAAGGUCACCUCUGGGAGCGCCACGAUGAUGCAGCAGUAGAGUUGCUGCCUUACACCGCCAGAGACUCAUGUUUGAUCCUGACCACGGGUGCGGUCUGUACGGAGUUUGUUCGUUCUCCUCGUGACCACGUGGAUUUUCCCUGGGUCCUCCGGUUUCCUCCCACAUUCUAAAGAUGUACAGGUUUGUAAGUUAAGUGGCUUCGGUAAAAAUUAAGUUGUCCCUAGCAUGUAGGGUAGUGCUAGCGUACAGGGAUCGCUGGUUGGUGCAUACUUGGUGGGCCGAAGGGCCUGUUUCCAUGUUGUAUCUCUUAACUAAACCCCUCGGCUCAGCAAUCAGAACUGUGCACAAUAAUUCCAUAUGUUUAGUUUAGAGAUACAGCGCGGAAUCAGGCCCUUUGGCCCACCGGGUCCACAUGGACCAGCGAUCCCCGCUACAGACAGCAUCCGUAGUCAGGAUCGAACCCGGGUCUCCAGCGCUGAAUUCGCUGUAAGGCAGCAACUCUACCGCUGCGCCACUGUGACGUUAUGGUCUCAACAGCGACUAGUAUAGUUGUAACACAACAUCCCAGCACAUGUUCUGAGUUCCCUGACAGAUGAAGGCAAGCUUGCCGAACACCAACAUCACCACCCUGUCUACCUGAGAGUGAUAAGUUGAAAUAAAGUUUGCAACAAACUUCACGCCUCCAACUCUGAUUACCUCAGGGUAGAAGCAGGAGGAUUAAAACAUCCAUCCUGUUGCACUCUAGGUUGCUUCAUUCUAUGUGAUAUUUUUUCAUGCAGAGUAGCUGUGAGAGAAGCUUACAUGGGGUGACACGGUGGUGUAGGGGUAGAGUUGCUGCGUUACUGUGCCAGAGACCCGGGUUCAAUCCUGACUACGGGAACUGUCUGCACAGUGUUUGUGCGUUCACCGCAUGACCUGCGUGGGUUUACUCCGGGUGCUCCGGUUUCCUCCCACAUUCAAAUGACGUACAGGUUUAUAGGUUAAAUUAUAAAUUGUCCCCAGUGUGUAGGGUAGUGUAAGUGUAUGGGGAUCGCUGGUUGGUGCGGACUCAGCGGGCCAAAGAACCUGUUUCCGCACUGUACCUCUAAACUAAAUUGCCUGAAAAUGUUGUGAAACGGAACCAAUCGGUACCUUCAACUGGACAGCGGGAACUGGAUUUGAGGAGUCUCUCAGUUUCAGGACCAGCUGCUCGAGUGGGAGAAAAGUGUCAAAUGGAAAGACAAUAUUUAAGGAUGAACAAAAUGUUCCUUAAGAGGAUUUCAAUUUUCAUUGCAUUGAUUUUUCAAGCAAAUAGGCAUUGAUGGAAAAUGUGAUACUUCCAAACUAUGGUAUUGGAUUUGUUUCAACCAGAAAUGCUGCCUGUUCUGCUGAGUUACUCCAGCUUUUUGUGUCCAUAUCUACGGUUUAAACCAGCAUUUCCUUCCUACACAUUGUUUCCCUGCUCUCUACUGCCACACGAUGAGGAAAGUUGGCAUUACAGCGUCACGGCAGCUUCAUUUUUAAACUCAAACACAGGAGCUGGUGGGGGAGCGGGGGGAGGGGGUGGGGGGUGUUGGGGGGAGGAAUUUACACUGAUUGUUAAGACUUUUUGUUAACUGACAAUUUAUUUUAUCUUCAAUUAUCUACAAAUGUCUGUGAAAUCGAUUGAUGUAGAAUCGAUCCAGGCAGCAUGUGCUAUGGUGGUGGAUAAUGGGACCAGAACCUAAUCUGUUCAUAGGCUAUUAAAAUACACAUUAUUGUUGUUGUACACGUUGCCUCCAGAUUAAUACAAAAUAACUGAGUAGCAUCUUACUCUGAGGCAGUUUGUCUGCUACUGGAGUCACCUCCCUCAAGUGGCAGGUGAGUUUAAAGAGAAUGAAAAUACUUAAAUAUUGAAAAUCACAGCUAUUACACAACAUGGAAAUAAAUUUACAAUUUUCAUAAUUACUACUUUUCGGUGGAAAAAUGUGAAAACACGUGUACAAUAAUUCAAAUAAAA